AUGGCUGCCUCGUCAGCAGACCGAAUUGGUAUAGAUGCCCAUCAAUAUAAGCAGUGUCAUCAAAUAGCCGCCAUAUGCAACAUGGGACUGGAAAAUCAAAGGUUGGACCACGCAAGUCCCAGUCACCCAAACUCAUUUGAUGAGUUUAUUGAUUUAACUUCCGAGAACGGUUAUGAGGCCAAAGUUUCUUCUGUUAAAACUCAUAUUAAUCUUAUCGAAACUAGAAAUUUAAAUAAAAACCAGCCUUCUUUUGCUGGUAUGAAUUUAGAUAAAUUAGAGAAUGCAAAAUCAGAUGAUAUAACGGAAAUAAAUGAAGCUCCUUUUGUAAAUGACGUACCAGUUGGUACAGAAACAGCCUCCAAUACUUUUAAUUCAACUAAGUUACACAUUUUUACAAUUCCGGAACCGCCUAAACGAGCUCAAGGACAACAGUGCCCUGAUACAACUGCAACUGCAUGUCCUAGUUCAUCUUUCCUAUCAAAACCACGCAACCGAACCCGUAAAUCUGUCGUAAAAAAGCGCGUAGCAAUAUCUGUCGGAGACGAGCCAACCGAGUCUAUAGUUCCAAAAAGGAGACGAUUUACUAACCAGGACACUUUGACUGCUGAUUCAAAAGUAUCCUGGACCAAGUAUUACUUCGGCUGCUCAGAAGACUCAGACGCUGCAGAAAAAUCGUUAUCUCUGCUGGAUUUAUCUCACGGUCUUGUUGUUUGUUCAAAAUGUAAGCAGCAUGUCUACAACGGCCAGUUGGUUGAACAUUGUAUUCUACAUUUGCAGAUGGAUGAGCAUAGUUCUGGUGGCUUGUUACCAUUUUCGACAUGUUUCGACUGUCUAUCUAUCCCCUCAAACUCAGAACAACUUAGAUCCCAUCGAAAUCUUCAUCGACGUAUCACUAAUACAUUAUUAUUGAGGACAGAUAUUUUUCAUUUACCUGGAAAUCGUCGCGUGUGCUGUAUAUGUGAAAAAUCAUUCGAUGCAUUCGUUGAUUUAGCUGCUCAUUUGUGUUAUAAACAUCCUAUUUGCGACACCCCUUAUGUCUGUCCUAUAUGCUUCGCCUUUCGUUCCUCUAUCUAUUCUCAUCUUAUGCUUCAUUUUCUUGCAUUUCACAAUUGCACCAAUCAGAUCUUUUGUCCAUUCUGUCUCAGACAUUUUUCCCUUCCUCGUGCGGACUCGUCCAUCUCGGACAUCGCUCGCGCCUUACCGGACAUAAACGUUUUCUCAUCAGCGCCGUUCUAUAACCAUUUACAACAACAUCUGGCUGAAAACGCCCCUCAUCAAUGUACCGCCUGCCGACUUCAAUUUUUGCAAAAGCGUGAAUGUAAGAUCCACGAAUAUCUUCACCAUGCUGGAGGCAGACACCUACAUUUCCAAUCUUGCAUUGAUUCUCUACCAGACAACCCUGACCUUGCUGUGGUUACAGGUUUUAAUGACGAUUUAACUUCACAGUCUUCAUUUCAGCGAAUUCGAUUUUGCGGACCUAAAAUCACUUUAAAAUGCCUUGAAUGUGACGAGUUGCUUCGUUUUCCUUACCAGCGGCAUUAUGCUGCCAGAAUAAUCUGUCCAUGGUGCGGCUACAGCUCCCAUUGCGCCGCCGCCAAUGUGGCCCAUUGGCAGCGUGUUCAUGCUAAAUCGAUAUUCUCAGCACACCAGCCUAAUGCUGAUACUGUACUAAAUAUCACCUAUACUUCCCCCGCUUAUGCUAAGAUCCCAGAGACAACUAGAGAUUUGACGGCAUAUGAGGCUUGUGGAGGCUGGAAAACCACAUUUCAUUAUUGCACUGACAAGCACUCCUCUCCCGGAAUUAUUUCUGAGGGUCUAUUAGUUUGUGGUUGUGGUUAUAGAACUCUCCUGGGUGGCCGUAUGGCCGUGCAUCUUGCCGUUGAGGGCUGUGGUUGGGCCUCAGCGAUCAUUGAUCGCCAAACACGGGUUAGAGAUUCUUGCUUUACUCUUAUCGAUGACCAUCCAAAAACCUCUCCUCAAAAGCCAUAUACCAAGGUGCCAUCUUUAUCACUUGCCUUGAAGUCCAUUCAAAGACGUGGACUCAAGACUGCACUCUGGUGGUACUCUGGACCUUCAUAUCCUACUCCCUCUUCCCUAUUGUCCGUUGGUCUCUUCAGCAGAGGAUCCAAGGAAGCUUCAUGGUGGUCCGGAAGCAAAUGA